AGUGAUCCUGUAGCGACUGUUCUGAUCACAUGGUGUUUGUACUUGAAGUAAGAGAGGUGUAUUGCUUGAAAAAAUCGUAGGAUAGCUGAGGAAGGUUUUUUUUAAACAUAUAUAAGGACGGACGAGCCGUACGUUUAGCUGAGGAAGUUUGAUUAUUAGUAGAUUUCUAUAAGUUUGUUUGUCCUAAGUAACAGUGAAUGUGUCAGAAAGAUGGCGCUGGGAAGAUUCUCGAUUGUGCUGAUAAUAGUGGCCCAUGUGUUUGGCGUUUUAUCCCAAAGUGAUCCCGCAUGCACCACAUAUACUCGUCAAGAAGGAUUCUGUGUGCCAAUCGAACGCUGUCGGAACAUAUAUAACAUCGUCAAGUCGCCUAAGCCUCCUUCGAAGGGGAUCCAGACCUACAUCAAUCGCUUAGCAUGUACACUACCCGAUGUACUACGAAGUGUAUGUUGUGUGCCACAGGAAAUCGAUCCAACAAUGCCUUCAACAACCCCCCCAAUCAGGACUACCCCUUCUGUUACAACCCCCGCACGAACGACAACCUCUACCACAACCCCUGUCAGCACGACAACCACUACCACAACCCCUGUCAGCACAACAACCACUACUACAACCCCUGUAAGCACAAAAAUGCCCACGACAAUGCCCACCACAACUCCGGUCAUCUCGACAACCCCCACAACAACGCCAGUCAUCGCGACAACAUCGUCUACAACCUCUGUCAGUAGCGAUACCUGGAGGCAACUACCGACGAACUCUUGUGGCCUUACAGAGAGCUUCAGGAUUGGGUAUGGCAAUAAGACGGCCCCCUUCGAAUACCCGUGGAUAGUGUUGCUUCGAUACAAGUGGAACGGUGUGCUAGUAGAUGGUUGUGGUGGUUCGCUGAUCAACAAUCGCUACGUAUUGACUGCAGCACAUUGCGUGCGAACAGCGAGGAAUUUUAAGUUGUCGAAAGUCCUUCUCGGCGAGCACGAUAAAACUAAAUUAGUUGAUUGCAUUGAUCUUAUCGACGACGAACCGUAUUGUGCACCUCCGCCGAUAGAGGUUGACAUAGAGUCGACGGUAGUACACGACGAGUACAACAGACCGAUUCGGUUCCGGCAUGAUAUAGCUUUGAUUCGAAUGGCACAAGAAGUCGCAUAUAGCGAAUCCAUCAAACCUAUUUGCCUACCGGUCAGAGAGAAUAUUCGAGAUAUAAUUCUACAGUAUUAUACGGUAACUGGUUGGGGUACGACUGAGCAGGAAAAACCGUCCGACGUGUUACUACAGGCAUUACUAAAGCAUGUACCCGUACCAGAAUGCCAACAAAAAUUGCUUGACAAUGGACUCAUAAUGGACAUUUCGGAAGAGUUCCAAAUGUGCGCUGGAGGCGAAGGGCUGGUUGACUCCUGCAAGGGGGACUCAGGAGGACCAUUGGGUUCCAACGUGGGUGGCCGGUUCGUCCAAUACGGAAUCGUAUCAGCUGGUGCAAGUUCUUGCGGGAGAUUAAGCCUCCCGGGAAUUUACACUCGAGUAUCUAGCUACAUGAACUGGAUAGUGGAGAAUAUGCAACCUUAAUUGUACUGUUUAUCGAGUACAAUAAGGGAAA